UGAUGAGAGAGCAAAACUCAUGAGGAGGUUUCACUCUAGGGAAAGUUAUCCAGUGGAUGGGAUCUUGGCAUAGAGGGAAAGAUGGCAGCCUCUCCCUGGCUCCUUCUCAGCCUCGUUGCUGUAACUGCUGCUCAGACAACCAUUGAAGAAGAGGCCAAGGUAUUUUUGAACAAGUUUAACAUUGAGGCUGAAGAACUGUCUCAUCAAAGUUCACUGGCGUCUUGGGAUUAUAACACCAAUAUUACUGAAGAGAAUAUCCAAAAGAUGAAUGAAGCUGGGGCCAAAUGGACUGCCUUUUAUGAGGAACAGUCAAAUCAAUCUAAAAGAUAUCCACUACAAGAAAUUCAGGAUACCACAGAAAAGCUUCAGUUGAAGGCCCUUCAGCAGACUGGGUCUUCAGUGCUCUCAGAAGAUAAAAGAAAACAAUUAAACACUAUUCUAAAUACAAUGAGCACCAUCUACAGUACUGGAGAAGUUUGUAAUCCAAAUAAUCCUCUGGAGUGCUUAUUGCUUGAGCCAGGCUUGGACGACAUAAUGACAAAGAGCACAGACUACAACGAGAGGCUCUGGGCUUGGGAAGGUUGGAGGUCUCAGGUGGGCAAGCAGCUGAGGCCAUUAUAUGAAGAGUACGUGGUCCUGAAAAAUGAGAUGGCAAGAGCAAACAAUUAUGAGGACUACGGGGAUUAUUGGAGAGCAGAUUAUGAAGUGGAGGGAGAAGGCAACUAUGACUACAACCGCACCCAGUUAAUUGAAGAUGUGGAGAGUAUUUUUGCAGAGAUUAAACCAUUAUAUGAACAACUUCACGCUUAUGUGAGGGCUAAGUUGAUGAAUGCCUACCCUUCCAAAAUCAAUCCAACUGGAUGCCUCCCUGCUCAUUUGCUUGGUGACAUGUGGGGUAGAUUUUGGACAAAUCUCUACCCUUUGACAGUUCCUUUUGGACAGAAACCAAACAUAGAUGUUACCAACGCAAUGAUAAGUCAGUCUUGGGAUGCAAAGAGGAUAUUUCAGGAGGCCGAGAAGUUCUUUGUGUCUGUUGGCCUUUUUAAUAUGACUCAAGAAUUCUGGGAUAAGUCCAUGCUAACUGAGCCAGGAGAUGGCCGAAAAGUGGUCUGUCACCCCACAGCUUGGGACCUGGGGAAGAACGACUUCAGGAUCAAGAUGUGCACGAAGGUGACAAUGUCUGACUUCCUGACAGCACAUCAUGAGAUGGGACAUAUCCAGUAUGACAUGGCAUAUGCCACACAACCUUUCUUGCUGAGAAAUGGAGCUAAUGAAGGUUUCCACGAAGCUGUCGGGGAAAUCAUGUCACUAUCUGCAGCUACCCCUACACAUCUGAAAUCUAUCGGUCUUCUGCCACCAGAUUUUCUUGAAGACAGUGAAACAGAAAUAAACUUCCUAUUCAAGCAAGCACUCACGAUUGUUGGAACCCUGCCAUUUACUUACAUGUUAGAGAAAUGGAGGUGGAUGGUGUUUAAGGGUGAAAUUCCCAAAGAGCAGUGGAUGGAAAAGUGGUGGGAGAUGAAGCGAGAGAUAGUCGGGGUGGUGGAACCCAUACCCCAUGAUGAAACAUACUGUGACCCUGCAUCUCUGUUCCAUGUUGCUAAUGACUAUUCAUUCAUCCGCUAUUAUACAAGGACCAUUUAUCAAUUCCAGUUUCAAGAAGCCCUUUGUCAAGCUGCUAAAUAUGAAGGCCCCCUGCACAAAUGUGACAUCUCAAAUUCUACUGCAGCUGGGCAAAAGCUACUUGAUAUGUUGAGACUUGGAAAAUCAAGCCCCUGGACCUUUGCAUUGGAAAAGGUUGUACAAACAAGGAAAAUGGAUGCAAAACCUCUGCUCCGAUACUUUGAGCCCUUGUUAACUUGGCUGGAAGACCAGAACAGGAAUUCUUUUGUGGGAUGGAGAACCGACUGGAGGCCAAAUACUGACGAAAGCAUCAAAGUGAGGAUAAGCCUGAAGUCAGCUCUUGGAGACAAAGCAUACGAAUGGAAUGACAAUGAACAGUACUUGUUCCAGUCAUCUAUUGCUUAUGCCAUGAGAGAGUACUUUUUGAAUAUAAAAAAGCAGAGGAUUCUUUUCGGGGAAGAUAAUGUAUGGGUGAGUGAUGUGACACCAAGAAUCUCCUUCAACUUCUUUGUCACUGAACCUAACAAUGUGUCUUCCAUCGUUCCUAGAACUGAAGUUGAAGAGGCUAUCAGGAUGUCCCGAGGUCGUAUCAAUGAUAUCUUUCGCCUGGAUGACAAUAGUUUGGAGUUUGUGGGGAUUCAGCCAACACUUGCACCUCCUUACCAGCCACCUGUCACCAUAUGGUUGAUUAUUUUUGGAGUUGUGAUGGGACUGGUAGUGGUGGGCAUUGUCAUCCUGCUUGUCAGUGGGAUCCGAACUAGAAGAAAGAAAAAUCAAGAAACAGUUGAAGAAAAUCCAUAUGCCUCUGUGGACAUCAGUAAAGUAGAAGAUAAUCCAGGAUUCCAAAACAGUGAUGAAGCCCAGACUUCAUUUUAGAAAAAUCUUUUUCCUCCUGAGAUGAUUUUAUUAUACGUAAAAGUUAAUUUUAUGUUAUGGAAAAUAUGAGACUCAAAGACGUCAUUAAAUAUGAAAACUACGGCUCUGUUUAGGAAGUGUUGUCCAAAGACAACACAACCGAGGAGAGGGCAUUUUCACUGACCAUCACUUUCAGUAUUUAUUUCUGCCUCAGAAUUUGGUAUCUCUUCUGUUUUCUAAUAGGGACAUUUAUAUCAGAAUAUAAUAGGGAAAGUAUGUCUUUGGUCCCAGAGGCUAUUCAGGGAUAUCAGAAAUGGAAAUGUCUGUUGAGUUACUGGAGUUGAAAAUAAAAAAAAGGAUAUAUCAUACGA